GUAAAAGCCAGGGUUUAAAGGUUGUAUUCCUUUAUAUUGUAUCCAGAAUGAGAUUACAGACCACGGAUGCCUCCGGAAAGCACAGAAGAUCCACGUCCAUGAGCAACACUGGAAGCAAAGAUUCACGGCUGAUGCUGAGUCUCUAUAACCCCACAGUCAGAGGUCUCCAGAUGCAGUUGCAUUACUCCUGAGAUCUUGCACUGGAAAAUUAAGCGGCAGCAGCAGUAAAGAGCAUUUUAUAUGGAUACUUUGUCCACAUACUUUGUGGAGGAAACCAAGUGUAUGAGAGGCAGAGACGAGGAGGAGGAAGAGGAGGAGGAAGAGGAGGACAGUGGAGACGAAGAAGAUAAAGAGGAGGAAAAAUAUGAUUCACAGAACAAGGAAUUAGCAGCCCAGGCGCAGCAAAAACCGGCCUGGGCUCCAUGUUUCUUCUACAGAACAGAUAAAGAAGUGUAUUAUUAUGUCGGGCAGGAGAUCACCAUCGAGGGGGCUUUCGACUCGUAUGCAGGCAUGAUAUGGCCCGCGGCUUUGGCUCUCUCUCACUACCUUGACACUCACCGUGAGCAGCUGAAUCUUGAGGACAAAGCAGUCCUGGAGCUCGGAGCAGGAACUGGCCUUGUGUCUGUUGUAGCAGCGCUCCUGGGUGCAUGGGUGACCGCCUCAGACCUUCCAGAGGUCCUGAACAACCUGAGAGUCAACCUGAGCAGGAACACCAGGGGGCGCUGCAAACACACACCUCAGGUGGCAGCUCUGUCCUGGGACUACAACCUGGAGCGCUCCUACCCUACAUCCGUCUACCGGUAUGACUAUGUGCUGGGAACAGACGUGGUCUACCAUCACGACUUCCUGGACGAGCUCCUGGCCACCAUGAAGCAUUUCUGUCGGCCGGGGACGACUCUGAUCUGGGCCAACAAGGUCAGAAUGGAGUCUGAUCUGACUUUCACUGAGAACUUUAAAAAGGCCUUUCACACGAGUUUACUGGCUGAAGAUGGAGACAUGAAGAUCUACAUGGCAACGUGCAGAGAGGAGGAGGGAGAGGGCGAUAAGGAGCUGGAAAUCCAAGAUGUGCUGAGAGAGGAGGAGGAAAGAAAGAACAAGGAAAACGAGGAGAAGCUUGUGGAGGAAAAACACAAUGAGGACAAACUUCACAGUGUCACUAAAGAAAAAAGUAAAGCUGCAACAGAGGUACCUCACAUGUCAGAGGCUGAGAGAGGAGAUGAUAAGGAAGAGAAAAAUGAGCAUGAGUGUGAUGAGGAUGAAGAGAUGGAGGAGACAGUGGAUGAAUAUAAAGAAGACGAGCAGAAUAAACCAGAGAACAAUGAUUCAAAUUGCAGCAACACAGCCAGUGAUGACAACAGUACAGCUGCACAGCGGGACCGAACACCAGCCUGGGUCCCCAGGUUCUUCAACAGCUUGGAUAAAGAUGUCUACCAUUACGUAGGACACGACAUUGUCAUUUAUGAAUCCAUAGACUCCUAUGGAGCAGUCAUGUGGCCAGCGGCGUUGGCUCUGUGCUCCUUCCUGGACAACAACAGGGAGAAGGUGAACCUGCAGGGGAAGGAGGUGCUGGAGCUGGGAGCAGGAACAGGACUGGUGGCUGUUGUAGCCAGUCUGCUGGGAGCUUCAGUCACAGCUACAGACCUUCCAGAGGUGUUGAGUAACCUCAGGGCCAACGUGAUGAGGAACACCAGGGGGCGUUGCACACACAUGCCCAAGGUGGAGGCGCUGUCCUGGGGCUAUGACCUGGAGCGCACCCACCCUACAUCCGUCUACCGGUACGACUACGUGCUGGCAGCAGACGUGGUCUACCAUCACGACUUCCUGGACGAGCUCCUGGCCACCAUGAAGCAUUUCUGUCGGCCGGGGACGACUGUGAUCUGGGCCAACAAGGUCAGAAUGGUGAAUGAUGUGACUUUCACUGAGAACUUUAAAAAGGCCUUUCACACGAGUUUACUGGCUGAAGAUGGAGACAUGAAGAUCUACAUGGCAACGUGCAGAGAGUAAGAGAUACAGGAAGCAUGGAUGGAUUAGUGAACCGGCCUCCUGAGUCCCUGAGUCCAGGCCCAGUCAAAGGGCUCAGCCAAACGUAGGUAGGUGUCAGUCACAUAGUAGCUCUGCUUUAAGAAAAUGUUACCUGCAUCACAGAUGUUUUUUGUGUUUUAGCCAGCUUCUCUUCAUCUCCUGCAUGCAACAAAAUACAGUAGUUCAGGUGUCAGUUUUAGGGUUUCAACCAUCAGCAGAACUUUAGAAAAUAUUCACAAAAAGAUGCCAAACUUAGCAUGUUGUGAUGAGGUGAUGGGUUGAGUCACUUUAUAUUGUAGAAGACAGAUCAUUUAUAUGUUUUUACCUCCAUGUGGCCACUGUCUUAUAAUCCCUCCAUGAAAAAAAGGGUGGAGUUUACACAUAGAAAAAGAUUUAGAACAUUUACUAAUAUUUAAGGCUAUAAAUCAUUGCAGUAAUGCAGAAUGUGCCUUUUAACUUCAUGUGAUCCAGGCCUGAUGCAAUUUUAGCCUGACAAGAAUGAAUCUAUGCUUCAUGUUACUCAUUAUAAUCACAUUAGUGAAUUUUUGAAUUUAUUUAUUGACAGAAAAUUAACCAGCAAUGAUUCUGAUAAUCAAUGAAUUAUUUCAGAUCUGGUUGAUGGUUCCAGCUGCUUUUAAUGUUCUUCUUUGUUAUAUAUGCAAAUAAAUGAAAUAUCUUUGCAUUUUUGGACUGUUGGUGGGAUACAUUUUAAAUAGGUCACCCUGGGCGGUAGGAAAGUCUGUUGGACAUUUUUCAUUUUUAUCUAAGUUAUCUACAUCACUUGUUUUUUUAAAUUUUAUUGUUUAAUACAGCAAUAAAAAACGGGACAAACCUUUCUAUCUCA